AUGACUAAUUCUGAAUUUGAAGUUACUUGUCCGUUCAUAGUAAAAAUGUGGGUACUUCUUGAAGGUUCACCGAGUCCCUUAAAGUUGAGAACUGAUGUAACUAAGGUCUCAGACCUAAACGACUUCAAAGAAAUUCUUAGUCGCGAGUUUGAAGAGUUAAAAAGUGUUAGACCGUAUAAUAUUGUAUUUUUGGACAAUAAAGGCAUACCUAUUCUACCAGGAGUCGAACUCCGAGCCCUAGAUGAAAAAACAACUGACGAAAACCCGCUCGUUGUUCGUUACCCGAUCUCAUCUAUAAACAUUAAGGUGACAUUCAUGUAUGGACAAAAGCAGGGCAAACGCGAAAUACCACAUACUAGUGAUUCUUUUGAUCAGUUGAAAGCCUUUGCUAGAGAAAUAUUUAAGGAUUUAGAGGAAGGAACUAUUUAUUUUGUAAAUGAUGGAACGGAGAUCUGGAACGCGUACAACUUUAACACCGCAAUAAAGUCUCAAACAGCACAAGACAACAACGUUGUGCUUAAAUUAAAAGUUUUGAUCAAGGGCAAAAAGAAAUAUAGUGACUGGAAGCUUAAAGACGUGUUUACGGACAUUCUAAAAAAACCGACAUACAGUUCACUUUCCUCUAUGCCGGUACUUGACAUGACAGAGUUUCCCCCAUUAGAUCCACAAUUUGAUCAGAAACAAUUGACGGAAUUCGUUGACGAAAUUAAAACUAAGCUUAUUUCACUUCGGGAUGAAUUCGGAAAUGAAACGAAGAAUCGUAUAUACAUUGACGCAUUCAUGACACACGCAGUUAAAUAUAUACGAACCCAUAUAAAUAAUUUAGUAAUGUUGGACGUGGAGCAACGACUAGAUGGGAGUCACGGGCAUGGUCCUGUAGAUUACUGGGUAAAGUUAGUUGAAGUUUUGUUGUUUUUAUGCGAAGCAAAAGCUGAAGACAUGAAUCAAGGAUCUGCUCAAGCUAUUGUGCAGGCACAGAGCGGAAUUGAACAAUUAAGUAAACUAGGAUAUGAGGAAUUAUUGAUCUAUGGAAUAGCCUCAACUGGAAAGCUAUGGCGAUUUAUCCGUUGGAGUGGAUCAUCAGAAAAUCCGGAAGUUCAUAUUAGCAAAGAAUAUACAUGCGCUUUCGAGGGUGAAUUGGUAAACGAAAAAGAAAUAUUAACAUAUAUUGCUCAGAUAUUAACAGCGCAAGUUUAUCUUUAUGAUAAAAAUAGUGAACAUCCUUCAAAGCGAGUUAAA